AUGUCAGAUAACGGCUCCUUCGCCAAUUGCUGCGAAGCCGGCGGGUGGGCAGUGCGCCCAGGCUGGUUGGGUACUGGCAGGGGGCAACCCUCCAGGACCCCUCGACCUCCUUGGGUGGCUCCCGCGCUAUCCGUGGUGCUCAUCGUCACCACCGCCGUGGACGUUGUGGGCAACCUCCUGGUGAUCCUUUCCGUGCUCAGGAACCGCAAGCUCCGAAACGCAGGUAAUUUGUUCUUGGUGAGUCUGGCGUUGGCUGACCUCGUGGUGGCCUUGUACCCCUACCCGCUAAUCCUCGUGGCCAUCUUCUAUGACGGCUGGGCCCUGGGGGAGGAGCACUGUAAGGCCAGCGCCUUUGUGAUGGGCCUGAGCGUCAUCGGCUCUGUCUUCAACAUCACUGCCAUCGCCAUUAACCGCUACUGCUACAUCUGCCACAGCGUGGCCUACCACCGAAUCUACAGGCGCUGGCACACCCCUCUGCACAUCUGCCUUGUCUGGCUCCUCACCGUGGUGGCCUUGCUGCCCAACUUCUUUGUGGGGUCCCUGGAGUACGACCCACGCAUCUAUUCCUGCACCUUCAUCCAGACGGCCAGCACCCAGUACACGGCAGCAGUGGUGGUCAUCCACUUUCUCCUCCCCAUCGCUGUCGUGUCCUUCUGCUACCUGCGCAUCUGGGUGCUGGUGCUCCAGGCCCGCAGGAAAGCCAAGCCAGAGAGCACGCUGUGCCUGAGGCCCAGCGACUUGCGGAGCUUUCUAACCAUGUUUGUGGUGUUUGUGAUCUUUGCCGUCUGCUGGGCCCCACUUAACUGCAUCGGCCUCGCUGUGGCCAUCAACCCACAAGAAAUGGCUCCCCAGAUCCCUGAGGGGCUAUUUGUCACUAGCUACUUACUGGCUUAUUUCAACAGCUGCCUGAAUGCCAUUGUCUAUGGGCUCCUGAACCAAAACUUCCGCAGGGAGUACAAGAGGAUCCUCUUGGCCCUUUGGAACCCACGGCACUGCAUUCAGGACUCUUCCAAGGGCAGCCAUGUAGAGGGGCUGCAGAGCCCAGCUCCACGCAUCAUUGGUGUGCAGCACCAGGCAGAUGCUCUCUAGCCUGGAUCUGAGGCACACCAGCUGCACGACAAACUCAUGAAAUGGUGAGAGUGAGUCUGCUGCAAGGGUGAGACCAGGCAGCGUGCUGGACCACACUGUCCUGUUGGCAUCACAGCCCCAAGGCUGGGGGAACUUCAUGCUGGGACAAGGAGCUCAUCAGUACCAUGGGUUCAGGCUGAUCCAGGAGAUGCUCACAGCCACGGGACCUGGCAAACACUCUUGGUGGUGUCUUGGGGACUUGGUGCACACAAGACCAAGGAAGGCACAGAAUGAGGAAAGGCCUGGGGCAGAAGAGCCCAACUCCUUCUCAUAGGUGACCCUCCUCUUCCUGCCUUGGCCUCCUGGCUACUUUCUCCCCUUCCCCCGGGCGUGGCAGGAUCUCUUCCUGUUAGCAAGGAUGAAAGAGAGAGGUCAGUAGGGCUGGAACUUGGUAACUCUGCAAGGGCCUCAGGCGGGGCAGGUGCA